UUUUGAUCUCUGUAUUUGAUAUCUCUUUCCCCCUCCCCCCUUUUCUUCAGGAGUUAGAGGCAGCCCUUCACAGAGAUGACGUGGAGUUUAUCAGUGACCUGAUUGCCUGUCUGCUUCAGGGCUGCUAUCAACGCAGGGAUAUCACGCCUCAGACAUUCCACAGCUACCUGGAGGACAUCAUCAACUACCGAUGGGAACUCGAAGAAGGGAAACCUAAUCCUCUGAGAGAAGCCAGUUUCCAGGACUUGCCUCUUCGCACCCGUGUGGAGAUCCUGCACCGGCUCUGUGAUUAUCGGCUAGAUGCAGAUGAUGUCUUUGACCUCCUCAAGGGUCUGGAUGCAGACAGUCUCCGUGUGGAACCUCUGGGGGAAGAUAAUUCUGGGGCCCUCUAUUGGUAUUUUUAUGGAACACGAAUGUACAAAGAGGACCCAGUACAAGGGAAGUCCAAUGGCGAACUCUCCUUGAGCAGGGAAAGUGAAGGACAAAAAAAUGUCUCAAGUGUUCCUGGAAAAACAGGAAAAAGAAGAGGAAGGCCCCCCAAAAGGAAGAAACUACAGGAGGAGAUUAUUGCAAGUGAAAAGCAGGAAGAAAACUCCCUGGUGUCUGAGUCACAGACCAGAAAUGGAUGUCAAGGUCCAGGCCAAGGCACUUGGUGGCUCCUGUGCCAAACAGAAGAGGAGUGGAGACAAGUCACCGAGAGUUUUCGAGAGAGGACCUCCCUUCGAGAGCGGCAGCUCUAUAAGCUUCUCAGUGAGGACUUCCUGCCUGAGAUCUGCAACAUGAUCGCCCAGAAGGGAAAACGUUCACAGCGCACAAAGGCAGAGUUGCAACCUAGGUGGAUGUCUGACCACCUGUCCAUCAAAGCCAUGAAGCAAGAGGAGACUCCUGUGCUCACCAGAAUUGAAAAACAGAAGCGCAAGGACGAAGAGGAAGAACGGCAGAUUCUCCUUGCAGUGCAGAAAAAGGAACAGGAGCAGAUGUUGAAAGAGGAAAGGAAGCGGGAAUUGGAGGAGAAGGUCAAGGCAGUGGAAGAUCGAGCCAAGAGGAGAAAACUCAGGGAAGAAAGGGCAUGGCUGCUGGCUCAAGGCAAGGAGCUACCCCCAGAACUUUCCCAUCUGGACCCUAAUUCUCCCAUGAGGGAAGGAAAAAAGACAAAGGACCCCUUUGAGUUGGAUGAUGACUUCACUGCCAUGUAUAAAGUUCUAGAUGUGGUAAAGGCUCAUAAGGAUUCCUGGCCAUUUUUGGAACCCGUGGAUGAAUCUUAUGCUCCUAAUUAUUAUCAGAUUAUAAAGAUCCCUAUGGAUAUUUCAAGCAUGGAGAAGAAAUUGAAUGGAGGUUUGUACUGUACCAAGGAUGAAUUUGUAAAUGACAUGAAGACAAUGUUCAGGAAUUGUCGAAAAUAUAAUGGGGAGAAUAGUGAGUAUACCAAGAUGUCUGAUAAUUUAGAGAGAUGUUUUCAUCGGGCAAUGAUGAAACAUUUUCCUGGAGAAGAUGGAGACACGGAUGAAGAAUUUUGGAUCCGAGAGGAUGAAAAGCGGGAGAAGAGACGGAGUCGGUCUGGUCGUAAUAGUGGAAGCCAUAUUUGGACCCGCUCUAGGGACUCUGAAGGGCCCAGCAGGAAGCAGCAGCCCAUGGAAAAUGGAGGAAAAUCAUUGCCCCCUGCACGCCGAGCUUCUUCUUCAGGGGAUGAUCAGAGCAGCAGUUCUACUCAGCCCCCUCGAGAAGUGGGCACUUCAAAUGGCCGAGGUUUUUCCCGCCCUCUGCACUAUGGUGGGAUGCCCAGCCAGGCACCUCUUUUAAACCAAAUGAGGCCAGCAGUACCAGGAGCAUUUGGCCCUCUUCAAGGAUCAGAGCCCAACACCUUCUAUGGUCCCUCUCGAGUCCCAGAGGCACACCCAGGAGAGCCCAUGCAGCAGCAUCAGCCCUUUACCAUGCAGCCUCCAGUUGGAAUUAGUAACCACCGAGGACCCCAGCUUGGCACUCCAGAAGAUAAGCAGAUAUGUGGGGGGCUAACACACCUUUCUAACAUGGGAUCACAUCCUGCAUCCUUGCAGCUUGGACAGAUGAGUGGCCCUAGUCAGGAUGGAAACAUGUAUCCCCCAGCUUCAUUCCAGCCAGGAUUUAUUCCUCCCAGGCAUGGUGGAGCUCCAACCCGACCAGCAGACUUUGCUGAGAGUUCAGAAAUUCCUCCCAGUCACAUGUAUCGAUCCUACAAGUACCUGAAUCGUGUACACUCUGCCGUCUGGAAUGGGAACCAUGGUACUACAAAUCCAGGACCUUUGGGGCCAGAUGAGAAGCCCCAUCUCGGGCCAGGACCCACUCACCAGCCUCACACUCUUGGUCACAUGAUGGAUUCCCGAGUAAUGAGACCAUCUAUACCCCAAAACCAGUGGACUAAGCAAUCAAGCUUUCUACCUCAUGGCGUUCCUUCUUCAGGAUAUAUGCGACCACCUUGUAAGUCCACUGGUCAUAGGUUGCAGCCACCUCCAACCCCAGCACCAAGUUCUCUAUUUGGAGGGCCCUCCCAGGCCCUGCGUGGGAUGCAAGGAGGGGACUCUAUGAUGGACAGCCCUGAGAUGAUCGCCAUGCAGCAGCUGUCCUCCCGUGUCUGCCCACCAGGUGUGCCUUACAACCCCUGUCAACCCACUCCCUCCCAAGUACCUGGCCCUUUUCCACAGGCAGCUCAUUCAGCAUCAGUAAGCUUGUCAGCCCCCAAACCUGCCUUGGGCAACCCUGGGAGGAUACAGGAUAAUGAUGAAACACAAAAGCCUGAGAAUGACCAAGGAGAAGCUUUGCCUGGACUUGAAGAGAAACCAGCAAGUGUUGGUGCUUCAGAGGAGGUAUACCUCAAACAGCUACCUCAACCUACACCUCCCCUGCAGGCCGACUGCACCAGGCAGAGCUCACCAAGAGAAAGGGAAACAGAGGCCACAGAGCUCAAAAAUGACACAUUGGAAUCUGCAGACAACUGUAAAACAGCAAAGGGCAAGAAUACCUGGCCCUCAGACAGCAGCUAUGCCAGCCCAGCUGCCCAAGGCUGUAUGAGAGACCUCUCCACAAUGGCCGACAGAGGGGUUCUUCCUGAAAAUGGAGUCAUUGGUGAAGCAUCUCCUUGUGGAUCAGAGGGGAAGGGCCUUGGUGGCAAUGGUUCAGAAAAACCACUCUGUCCCAGAGGCAAAACAUUGCAGGAGACCAUGCCCUGCACAGGACAGAAUGCAACUACACCUCCAUGUGCAGACCCCAGUUUGAUGACAAGCCCUGUAAGCCAGUUUUCUCCCUUGUACAUGCCUGGCCUGGAAUACUCUAAUUCAGCUGCACAUUACCACAUCAAUCCAAGCCUGCAAGCCUUGGGCCCUAUGAUGGGAGGGAAAUCCUCGGUAUCACAUCCUCAGCAUUUCUCUCCCAGGGCCUUUCAGUCUAACAAUCCUCACCCUGGGAUCUUUCCCCGAUAUCGCCCUCCCCAGGGAAUGAGGUAUUCCUACCAACAACCACCUCCACAGCCUUCCUACCAUCAUUACCAGCGAACUCCUUAUUACACUUGUCCACAGGGCUUUUCUGAUUGGCAGAGACCCCUCCACCCUCAGGGAAGCCCAGGUGGCCCCCCAGCAAGUCAUGCCCCUCACCCACGGCCCCUUUUCUCAGAUAAAAAUUCCAUGGCUAAUCUGCCAAGCUGUGAGACACUGAGUGCUGCCUUAACUUCCCCAACUCGAAUGGAUGCAGUGGCUGCUAAAGUUGUCCCACCUGACAGACAGAAUCCUGGUCCAGAGGAAGAAAAGCUUGAUGAAUCUAUGGAGAGGCCUGAGAGUCCCAAAGAGUUUUUAGAUCUGGACAACCAUAAUGCAGCUACCAAGCUACAGAGUUCUUUGUCAGCCAAUGAAUAUAUUUAUGGAACUCCUCCUACACAUCUGAGUUCAGGGAUGGGAUUUGGUUCACCUCCUUUCCCACCUCAUGGUGUGAUGCUACAAACGGGGCCUUCUUAUACACCACAGAGGCCAACCAGUCAUUUUCAACCCAGGUCAUAUUCUCCUGUGGGUGCUCACCCACCCCACCAUCCAGGGGCUGCCCAGCCUAAUGGCCUCUCUCAAGAGGGUUCUCUCUAUCGCUGCCAGGAAGAGGGCCUGGGCCACUUUCAAGCAGUAAUGAUGGAACAGAUUGGCACUGGAAGUGGAAUAAGAGGAUCCUUCCAGGAAAUGUACAGACCAUCAGGAAUGCACAUACAUCCAAUCCAGUCGCAGUCCUCAUUCCCAAAGACCCCAGCACCAGCAGCAUCACCAGAACAGCUGCCACCACAUAAGCCCCCAACACUUCCUCUGGAUCAGAGCUAGUCCUAGGAGGAAAUUGCCCCCAAGGAAGUGAAAAGCUGCACAUGAAGACAGAACAUGGAAGAUUUGGGGAAAUGAUCCUUGCCCAUCUCUAUCCCAGUCACCCUGCUCUGCCCCUUCACAGUGAAUUACACCUUGCCACCAAGAGCUGGAGCCAUUCCUGGGCCUUAGAAGCAUCCUCACUCCAUAGACGACUGACAAAGAGCUUGCAGAGGUGCUGGGUCAGGGAUCACUUGCACAGCUGACUGACAGUCAGGAAGAUCAAGUGAACCUGGAGUUCAUGCUGACUUCUCCAAAUUCUGAGACUGUCCUUCAGGGAAAUCACUUUAAACUUGGGUGGGGGCCAUACAAAAUAACAGAGUGGUGCUUUUAAACUUUCAUGAGCAGCUAAUCUCAGGUAUAUAUUGAGGAAGGGACUACUUGUAGUAUUAAUGUUUUCAGAGCUGGGUCCAGUUUACACAAUUUUCAUGUUGCCUUUUAAAAUAAUUUUUGUUGGUGAAUGUAUUGUACAUAAAGUGGGUAGGGUGGGUGGGAAUAUGAAAUGGAAGUCCUAACUGGUGGGCUCACAGCACUGGAGUGGUCUCUGUCUGUUUACAAUCAUGUCACACUCAAUGCUUUGGGGCGCUGGAGAAGAGGGUAGGAAAGCCUUCAACUUGUCAUAUGUCAAUAACUGUUUCCAUGGUGGCUGACUGGCCCUUCACAACUGAAGACCUUCCUUCCAAUCAACCUCAGAGAGUGUAGUUGUACCUGUCCUCCUUAUUGUUUCUUUCUUUCUUAGUUUGGGGGCAGAGUGCUCUCCUGUGGCCCACCGGAAGCUUCAACCAAGAUGACAGGCUCCUUUCACUCUGGUUGGCCCAAGUCUUGGCCUUGGGAAAAUGGUGUCCCUUCCUGAUUUGCCUCCAGCCCUACAAGAUAGUUGCAAACCAGUAUCAGGAAUUGGGAUCACUAGAGUGCUUUACUCAUUAGAAGACAAAUGAACAUCUUCACAGGCUUGUCGGGCUGUGAUCUAGAAGGCAUUACACAAGCUUUCUGGCACAAAUCACGUUUUGUGAAAGUGACUACUCAGGUUUGUAAAUGUUAGUCUCAAUAAAGAAAUUGCACAGGUCUGAAUAGAGAAUAUGUAUUCUAUAGUGUUACAGUUUGAAUUUAGGAAUAUUUCAGUAUAUAUAGUUUUUAUUCCUUUUAAAUGAACCAUAGUAAAAUCAGCCAUUGUGAUUUUAAAUAGCUAUCAAGGACAAGUUCUUGGAAAUCAUUUGUUGUUAUCUGAGGUAGGAAACAAUUUUACAGUAUUAAAUUACUUUUAUUACAGUUUUAGGAGUUACACUGGAUUUCUCGUGUUUAGCAUUCUGUAUUUUAUGUUAGCUGAGAUGUCACCAAAGUUAGGACCCAUAAAUAUCCCAUAAAGAAAAAAACUAAGAAAACACCCUGAAAUUACAGGUCUUUGUAAAGAAUAGCAUAAUUUAAGCAUGCUUUGAGGAUAAUAGAAGAGUCUUCAUAAAAUAUUAAUCUGUCCUAGUUUCUUAUGUAUUCACUUGUGGGUGGAGUCAGUAGAGCCUUUCCCUUCAGUUUCAGCAUCUUUGAUAAAACUGUAGUAUUUAGAGUUUGCUAAACAGUGUGCUCAGAGGGAAAGGAAACAGAUUGGAAACAUUCAGGUUAAAGAGACUGAACCGAAGACACCUAGUAGAAUGGAAAUUCAUAUCAGUAAGUGAACUAAGCUGGUGGUGUUGAUUAGGGCUUAGGCAGAGUUGAGGGUGCGAGGGGAAAGAACACAGAUGUCUCUGAUAUAUGAUGCAAAAAAACACCAACUUUAACAGAUUUUCAGUUUAACUGUGGUAUGUUUGCAAGUGGAUUGAUUGCAUCAUAAGGUUGAGUUCUAAUUUGAUCCUUAUACUUAUCAGAAAUCUAGCACUAAGAAGAGUCAAGAAGUUAGAAGAUAUGUGGAUGGGCUUCAAUCUGUCCUUGAGCUUAUGUAAGCUAACAUGGUCAAAAAAUUACGACUUCAGUUUCUGUGUUUGCAAAAGCAGGAAGGAGGAUUAUUAAUUGGUGGGGGGCUGGUUAGGCCUGGUCUGGGCUCAGAGCAUUCUGACUUCUCUUUAGGAUUGUGGUCACUAUAGGGCCUCUGCCACUGUGUUAAGCAUGCUGCUUGAGGUGACCAUCCUCCUCCUUCCCCCACUUCCAAAUACCUGUUGCUAGAGAGAUGCUGUGAACAGUGCGGGGGGGGGGGGUGUCUGUCUGUAGAAAAACCUUUUAAUCUCCUUUCUUUUUUAGAGAUGAGAGAAUUUAAGGAAGGGCUAUAGAAAUUGAACUACUGUAUUGAAUUAUAACACUGUGAACAAGAGCAUCAGUGAAAUGGUCAGCCUUGUUGCAUCCUAUGUGUAAAUUGGUUGUACAUUACAGGGCCAAGUGCUUCAUCCCUUAUCUGGUAUGUUCCCAGCUUUUACAGGUUUCUGAAAUGCAGAUCUGCUGAAAGCUGCCCACAACUGCCAGACUGUGGGAAAACACAUGACUGAGCUGCUGUGAACUCCUCAUCAACUUACCCGCAAGCAGGAUCUUUUGUUCUCGCCUUUCUUCCUCCUCUAGCACUUCACUUUCCAAGUGUCUUAAGCAGAUGCAAUGUCUUAAAACAGAUGCAAAUACAUUUGCCAUCUUUUCAAAUAGGGAAAUGAUGGUUAUAUGAUGUGUAAUAGUUAGAAAGACAUGUGUAUGGGUGUCCUAAAAGGUUUACUCUAGGCUUGGACACUUCACCUUGUAGGCCACUGUCACCUUGUCAGUGUGACUACUCCCAGUGGUCUUCAGGAGAGCAUAUCUGAGACCUAUGGAUAAUUAGAAAUACCCUUGCUCCUGUUUAACCCUCAUGACUUAACUUUAUUAGGCUUGUUUUUAAGUUACAAACUGUUUCUCCAAGGCUUAAGAUAAAUAAAAGAUCCAGAAAGAAAAUUAGGGCCUUUGGAAGGUUUCUGGGUUGUGUAUGAUUUUGUUUUAUUAAAGUUUGUGGAAAACCUUAAGGCCUUUAGUCUACAUUCAGUCUGAGCUCAGCUUUAAAUGUCAGUUUACUCUAGCCUUUCCCUUGAAAGUGCUUCUUGUGACUAACCAUUUGGUAUCAUUAUCCUGUGUUGUUUUUCUGACAUGUUGUUAUUACCAUUUCUGCAAAUAAUAUACUGCUUUUAAGACCUAAUUUGAAAUUUCACAGGAAGCCUCAAUUUAGAGUCCGAAGGCAAGGAUGAUUUCGUGUCAGAUUCCUGGCAUGUUUCCAAGAAACUCGAUUUUUCAAGAAAUGCAAGCCAUCUGGUUUGCUAGCAUGAUUUCCCCUUCUGUGUUUCUCUCUUAGUUCACCCCUUGGCCAGAUUCUUCAUGGACUCCCAUUGUGGGACUCAGUUUCAUGUAUCAGUGUAGAGUUCAGUCUUGGAUAUUUCCAGGAUAUGAUGUCUCAGCAGAUAGUUCUUUGUUUGACAGAUUCUGCCAGGAUGUUAGAAUUUGGGUUGUGCAUGUGGGGGUGUUUGUUCCUUGGCUUGCAUCACUACUUAGGAACCACAGAUGUAAUUGAGACUUGCUAGGUGAGAAGACUGGCUCCCCUUUCUUGUUUCAGUGGGUUGGACUCCACCAUUCCGCCAUAGGACUCUGAGCCUUACCUUUCUAUCCCUUUGGGAAAGCUGAAUUGGGGUGAACUUUGCUGCAUCCCCUCUCUCUCAGUUAACUGUGACACAAGCUUUGUCUGCUGGCUGGAUGUUGAAUCCUCUCUGUGCUAGACACACAUGGAGGGGCUUGGGUUGGACUUUUUACCUGGUCUCUUUCUCUUGUUCUCACUUAACUCUUAAGUAGAAAUGCCUGAUAACCAGCAAUUGUUCUGCAUGUGUUUUUGAAAGGGUUGGGUGGGUUGGGAACAGGGGUGUGGAUAUUGAGUAAGUUAUUCGAAUACUGACCUCUCAUCAGUAGACUGUGGCCCCUUCUUUUCCCCAGCGGGGUCUUGGGUACCUCACUCACAUGCCUGGGAGUCCCAUCCAGGCUCCACCAGCCUGCUGUGCAGUGUCGAGCAGUCUUUGCUCCCGCUGUGAAAGCAAAAGCCGUGUGAACUUCCCUGGCCAGUACUGGAAAGGGGAAUGCUAUUUAUUUUUAUAUUGUGUAUAUUUUGUCGUGGUCUGCUGAUUGAUUCCCUGUUUGACUGAGAGCGACAUUUACCUCAAUAGUUAGUUCAAUAUUGUGUGUUGGAUAAUUUUUUAAAGGAACUUUUUAAAAAGCUUUUUGAUCCUUGGAGGUCUGUAGAUUUAUUUCCAUAUGAACUGGUUAUUUUGUAUAAAGUACAUUCUUAAAAUAGCAAA